AUGAAAAUAAAAUUGAAGAGAACGUUUCCAGUUUACUACGAAGUGAAAAUGGCUUUCGUCUUUUGGUUGCUGUCUCCCUACACUAGAGGAGCCAGUGUCCUCUACAGGAAGUUCCUACACCCUAUGCUGGCAUCCAAGGAGAGGGAGAUUGACGAGUAUAUCGUCCAGGCCAGAGAGAAAAGUUAUGAGACCAUGGUGAAUUUUGGGCGGCAGGGUCUCACGAUUGCGGCUGCUGCUGCUGUCUCCGCUGCUGUGAAGGGACAGGGAGCUAUCAGUGAACGUCUGAGGAGUUUCAGUAUUCCAGACCUGACGCAGUUCCCCUCUGAACAAUCAGCAUUCGCCAACCCCAGCCGACGGGCCCUCCAGCCUGCUAACCCUAGUGCUGCUGAUUCUGAGCCAUGUAAACGAGCAGGGGAGGGGCAUGAGGAGGAAACAGAUGGAGUAUUCUCCGAAGACGAGGCGUCAGUGCAGAAGGGUCUACGCCGAUCUCAGAGUGUGAAACUCACCCGUGCCAAAGCAGCACGCAAAGAGCCUCGCUAUGGCUCUCUGAAGCUGAAACCCAGAAGGCGGCAAUUGAUUGCAUCAUCCACUUUUGACCACCCUUGAUUGUCCAAUACAAACCCACAGAUGGGAUCAGCAUCAAAACUGCAGUCUAAUCUUCGGUUUAAGUUUAAUCCUAAACUUUGGAUGAAUGCUAAUGCUCUUUCAAAGCAGCACUAAACACAAAACUACAACUACAAACAGACUUACAGCAUGAAUAAUGACUUUUACAUUUAUUCAUUUAGUAGAUGCUAUUUCCAAAGUGAUUUACAGAUGAAAAAUACUACAAUACAAGUGACAAUGAUACAGAAUGAUGAAUAGAGAAUAUUGCAUGCGGCUUUAUUUGUUCAGAAAAAAAUACCAAAGCCUAAUAUGAGUACAGGAAGACUAAGAAUGUACUAAAAAUGUCAUUUAAAAGUGGAUCUGAGCGCAUCUGAUCUGUAACUUGACCUGAACCUGCCUCUGUAGAGACAUCUCUUAUUACGCAUGGCGUAAGAAGCACCGAUAUCCCUGAUGUCCUCGCUCUCCCUCUACAGGGGCGGGUGUCAAAGUCAAAGGUUUCUGUAGUGUGAGCCUUUCAGCCUGUUUUCACAGUAAUGAAAUAGUGCAGGAAAAAAAAUCUGACUAAAAAGAGUGUGCAUAUUAGCGGGUUUUUGUAUAUGCAUAGAUGUAUCAGCUUGUUCAUCUUUACAUUUCCAUAGUUUUGCCCAGAAUGAAAGUUCUGUCAUCAUUUAUUCACCCUCAUAUCAUUCCAAACCCAUAUUAAUGUCUUUUUUCAGGAAUGCAAAAGGCAUAUUUUUGAACAAUAUCCUGUACGCUCUUUUCCAGUGAAUGGGGAUUCGGCCUGUCAAGCAAGCUCCAAAAUGACAGAUAAAGAACAUCAAAGUAGCAUAAAAGCGGUUUAUUUGACUACAUACAUCAAUCAAAAUUCAAUCAAAAAACAUUGAAGCCAUUUUUCUCAAGUUCAGUAUUAUUGCAUUUUGUCUUCACUCUGUGAAGUCAACAGUUAUUUACUAAAUUCUAAAAUAGACUACUGAAAGUUCAGAAAUUGCAUGUUAACAACAUACACCAUUGGUUCAUUUUAGAACUACAGCACAAGGGAAGAUUUUCAGUCAAUUUUAAUGUUCCAAAGAAUUCAUACAGGUUUGGAAUGACAUGAAGAUUAGUAAAAAAAAAUCCUGCAUUUCUGGGUGAA